UGCUGAUAAGCUUCCAGCAGGGUAUUGGUCCUGCGAAGGCCGGCAGGACAUGGAGAGCAGAUUUAAAGCACCACGCUGAGACUCUGCUUCAGUCUGCAGAGGCUCGGUGGCAGCGAUGGAUCCUCCCACUUUUCUUCUUCUUCUGCUGUGUGUCGGAAUCACCGUGAGCUCAGCUGUGGACCUGCAGAAGAGGAUCUACGGUGGUCGAGACUGCAAAACAGAUGAGCGUAAAUAUCACGUCCAAGUGAUUUCAGAAGGUGUUGAUGGACAGCAGUAUCUGUGUGGAGGCUCUCUGAUCAGUAAACAGUGGAUUCUAACUGCAGCUCACUGCGAGAACAAGACGAUGUACGCUGUUCUAGGUGUGAAUCAAGUUCCACAACCAAAAGUAAAGAUUGUAGAGAAAAUACCUUAUAAAGACUUCGACAUCAUGUUCCUGAAACUACCAAAUCCCACCACGUAUCCCUUUAUAUCUCUUCCAUCUACUAAAGAGUGUCAGAGACCGGCCAUAGGUGAAAGUGUGGAGGUGGCGGGCUUUGGUUGGUGUAAGGCAGACAAAAAAACUAAGUUAAAAGUUUGCAGCACACCAAAAAAACUGCAGUGUGUAGAAAUGAAGGUUGCUGAUUGUCAGUUCGGAAAAGGGCAAGACGAGUGUUUAAGGGUAAAGAUAGAACAUAUUUUCUGUGGCAGUGGAACUGAGGAGGACACUGGGCCAGGAGACUCUGGUGGUGCAGUGGUUUACAACAAGAAGCUCUACGGUGUCGUCAUGGGUGGUUACAAAUAUGUCUGUAUAGGGCCUGCUAUAUUCGGAGAUAUCUGUGCUUUCCUUAACAAACACCCUGAUUUCCUUAAAAACCACAACAUUCCCAAUUAACUGGAAAUAAAGAUUCCAAAUAAAGGAAAAUCUGAGAAUUCAGAUCUACAAGA